UGAACUUUUACGUUGAGGUUUUCCUGCUUCGUCGAUAAGAAAACUGAACUUGGAGUUAUCAGUCAUUGUUUCAAAAUUACGUGUAGUUGGAAUAGUGUUUAUGUGUUAAUUAAUUCGUAUUAUUGGCCUGUAUAUUGUGUAAAUAUUUAAAUUUCCUAAAAUGUUCAGAGUAUUGAAUAUCGUUAGCAAAUUGCAGAACAAAUGUAUCGUUUGUAAUCCUAAUUUUGAAACACAAUUAAGACUGAUAACAAACUCAGCCAUAAGAUUAGCAGAUAAGAAAGAAGCUAAAUUAGAGAAAGCUGCGCCCAAAGAAUCCAAAUCAUUCGCUUUGAACCUAUUCAAAGGAACGUUACAAGGUUCCCAAGUAUUCCCUUAUCCCGAAGUAUUAAACGAAGAGCAAACUGAAACUAUUAAAGCUCUAUUGGAUCCUUUGUCCAGAUUCUUCAACGAAGUAAACAACCCAGCCAAAAAUGAAGAACUCGAAGCUGUCGAGCCCGCCACGUUGGAGCAAAUGUGGGAAAUGGGUUUGUUCGCUUUGCAAGUGCCAACUGAACUCGGUGGCCUCGGCUUGAAUAAUACACAAUACGCAAGACUCGUAGAACUCGUCGGGUCAGAUCUUGGCGUUGCUAUUACAUUGGGAGCACAUCAGUCUAUAGGAUUCAAGGGUAUCCUAUUGUUUGGAACUCCAGAACAAAAGGCUAAAUAUCUACCUAGAGUUUCCACCGGAAAAGAAUUCGCUGCUUUUUGUCUAACCGAACCAUCGUCGGGAAGUGAUGCUGGUUCUAUCAAAACCCGAGCUGUUUUAUCGCCGGACGGUAAACACUUCAUAUUAAACGGUAGUAAAAUCUGGAUUAGUAAUGGAGGACUGGCCGAAGUAAUGACAGUAUUCGCUCAAACUCCAGUCAAAGAUGAAAAUGGAAAUGAAAAAGAUAAAGUUACAGCAUUCAUAGUUGAACGUAAAUUCGGAGGCGUGACCAAUGGACCUCCUGAGAAAAAAAUGGGUAUCAAAGCCUCCAAUACGACCGAAGUAUAUUACGAAGAUGUCAAAGUACCCGUUGAAAAUGUUCUUGGUGGAGUAGGACAGGGUUUCAAAGUCGCUAUGAACAUCUUGAACAACGGUAGAUUCGGUAUGGCUGCCGGAUUAUCGGGUACGAUGAGAGUGGUAACGAAAAAAGCUGUCGAACACGCCAAUACGAGAAAACAGUUCGGUAAAAUAAUCAACGAAUUCGGUGCCAUUCAAGAAAAAUUAGCCCGAAUGGCGAUGGUACAUUACGUCACGGAAAGUUUAGCUUUCAUGGUCAGCGGUAACAUGGAUGCCGGAUCGAGCGAUUACCAUAUCGAAGCUGCUAUAUCAAAAGUAUUCGCCUCCGAAGCCGCCUGGUUCGUAACUGACGAAGGUAUCCAAAUCUUGGGCGGUAUGGGUUUCAUGAAAGACUGCGGUUUGGAGAAAAUCAUGCGUGAUUUGAGAAUAUUCCGAAUCUUCGAAGGCACAAACGAUAUUUUAAGACUGUUCAUCGCCUUGACCGGUAUUCAAUACGCUGGCGGCCAUUUGAAAGAGUUGCAAAGAGCUUUCAAAAACCCAGCCGCUAAUUUAAGCUUGAUACUCGGCGAAGUGAGCAAACGAGCUGUACGAACCGUUGGUUUAGAUUCCGGCCCUCAAACCGCCCAUCUCGUGCAUAGCAAACUGAGCCCCGAAGCUGCUUUAUUAUCUAAAAUGAUCGUAGAUUUCGGUCAAACUGUCGAAAAAGUAUUAAUAAAAUAUGGCAAAUCCAUCAUCGACGAACAAUUCAUCUUGAAUAGAAUCGCCAACGCUACCAUUGACACGUAUACAACUGCAGUGGUGCUUUCUCGAGUUAGCAAAUCUCUUAAACAAAAUUUACCCUCCGCUGACCACGAAUUACUGAUCGCCCAAUUAUGGACUUACGAGGCUGCUCAAAGAGUAAAGCAAAACUUGGCCGAUGCAUUGAGUUCCGAGAAGAAGGAUAGUUUCAAGAAGCUCGGUCUUCUGUCCAAAAAUGUUACCCAGAAUGAAGGUAUCGUGCAACUUAACCCGUUGAAUUACUAAAUAAAAAUGUAAACAAAGUGAUAUUUUUCUACCUACCUAUGUUUCAAUUCAUCUUCCAUUAUUUAAUUGAGUUUUUAUUUAUCUAGUGUAAUUAUCGUUAUUUUAAGUAGUGGUUUUUUUCUCUCUUUCUCUCUCUCUGUUCAAAAAACUGUCUCAUUGUGUAAUAUGGUGUUCUAUAAGUAAGGAUGUAAAGUAUUCCUGAAUAGAUUUUGUUGUAUUUUGUA